AUGGAGGAGCAAGGAACACGGGGAAAGGAGAAGGACCCGGAUUGGAGGCCGGCUCCGGGGGAGGCGGCCGGCACGAGUGGAGGAUCGGGUGAUGAGGGUUGGGGAGGGAGAGGAGGGGGCCAGGCUGGUGCCAGCGGUGCAGCAGCAAAGAGGCCACGCACGAGUGGGCUUGAGGGGUCGGGAGCUGGAGGGGCCGGGCCGGCGUUGAAUUCGCAGCCGCAGGGGGCAGCCGCGGCCGCGGGUGGUUCUGAGGGGUCGGGCGCAGCAGGGGCAGGUACCUCCACCGCUGCGGCAGGUGUUGCACCUUUGGGUGGGUCUGCGGGGGCUGUAGCAAGCCAGAGGUCCGACAGGGCGGGCAGGACCCCUACCGAUGAGGAGCUGGACCCAUGGACUGAGGAGGUGCUUAGGAAUGCAGAACCCGGGCUAGUUCGUGAUUAUGCGAAGCAGCUGCGAGCGUCGUCCGUCGAGGAGCGUUCGUCCUUCGAAGACGGCUCUAAUGGAGAGUCUACGUCCACUAUGGAGGUGCAGUUACCCCGGCGCUCACGGCAGCGGGACAUUUGGGAGAUGGCCGACGUGAUAGGGCGCGGACGCUUGGACUACCUGUGGGCGGCUGCUGUGGCGGAAAACGACCUGGCGUUUAGGACGUCUUCGUCUAAGGCGAUGCAAGCGUUUGUGGAUGCAGUCGCCGCAUUCGGGAAGGCCUACACCUUACCUUCGGCAUACAAGGUGGCGGGCCCGCUUCUUGUCAAGUUGAAGCUCGACACGGAGGAGCUCAUCAAGCCAAUCAAAGAGAGUUGGCCGAGAAGCGGAUGCACCCUCACGAUGGACGGUUGGACGUGCUUCAAAAGCCGGGGCAUGAUUUGCGUCAUCGCCCAAAACGACACCGCGCCGGUGAUUGUGGACUGCGUCGACUCCAAAACCGCGAAGAAAACUGGAGAGUACCUCGCGAAGCUCAUCCAACAUGCGAUUUGCGAGGUGGGGGACAGCCACGUUGUCCAAGUCGUCAUGGACAACACGGCUAACAACAAGCGCGUGGCAAACUUGCUCAAGGACGAGUACCCGCAAGUCUUCUUCACCAAUUGUGCGGCCCACGUCUUGGACCUCAUGCUUCACGAUAUGGGGAAGGUCAAGGCGGUGAAGAGGGUCCUCAACCAGGUGCAUCGGGUUGUGAUGAUGGUCAAGGGGAGUGCCUCGGCCGUCACACUUUUCCGUGAGUUGUUUAGCAAGCUAGCGCUUGUCCGCCCUGGUGCUACUCGUUUUGGAACGCAAGUGAUCAUGAUCGAGCGUUUCCUUGAGGUUAAAAAGGCAUUGAAGGAGAUGGUGAUUAGUGAGGAGUGGAAAAGUGUAGCGGUGGCGAACACGGAGGAGGGGCAGGCUAUACGUGGUCUCCUCUUGGAGGAGACGUUUUGGGACUCCGUCACGGCCAUUCUCGGCCUCAUGAAGCCCAUCUACGAGGUGCUACGCAUCGUUGACCGGCAGUCCCUUGCGAUGGGGAGCGUCUACGGCCUCAUGCUUGAGGCUACGGUCAAGACCAACGAAGCGGUAACGAAGGCGGCUGCCCAACUCUCCAAGAAAACCGGUUUGCUUCCGGGAAACGAGAAGGCCGCGUUUCUGGCUGCGUUUAAGGCUAUCAUAGCCAACCGAUGGGACGGACAGCUGCACAACCCCCUCCACGCCUUGGGGUGGCUUCUAAACCCGAAGAACCAGUACGUAGGCGAGAUUCGGGAGGAUGUGGAACUGAGGGCGGGGGCUGAAGAGGUGUUUAAGGCAAGGGGGGGCAGUGUUGAGAUGCGGACGAUGCUAGUGGUGCAACUAGCCGCUUUUCACAAGGGAGAGGGGAAGUUGGGGUCUGUGGAUGCGCGGUGGGCUGCCACCAUCUUGGUGGAGAGCGGGAGGCUCUCCGCGGCUGAGUGGUGGGCGCUGUAUGGGGGUGAGGUUCGUGCUUUGUAA